AGUCUGAGAGGCAGCUGCUGUUUUUUUUUUUCUUUUUCUUUUUUUUUUUAUUCAGUUUUUCCUUCCCUUCUUGUGCCAGACAUCAGUAGGAGACACUGCAGACUCCUUUUCAUCACAGUUCUUUUUGGACCUCACUCCCACUCCUGUGUUGUUAUUUUUUUGUUGCCUGGGAAGUACCAUGCCGGUAGUUGGCGUAGCUUCCAAGCUCAGGCAACCCUCGGCGGUGGGCACCAAGCCGGUGCACACCGCUCUCCCCAUCCCCAGUGCGGUCAGGGCGGCCACCUCGCAGGGCUACAUGGCCCGGCAGCAGGAGCUCAGGGCAAGCGAGGGCACCCCGGGGCUCUCCUGCCAGCUGUCAAUCAAGUCCGAGUACCAGCAGGAGAGGACACCCGAAGUGAAGUCCAGAGCCGAGACGGAGGAGAGCAAGAUCUGCAAGAUUUACACAGACUGGGCCAACCACUACCUGGCCAAGUCUGGCUGUCCACGCCUCAUCAAGGACCUGAGCCAGGACGUCACCGAUGGAGUCCUGCUGGCACAGAUCAUCCAGAUCAUAGCGAAUGAGAAGGUGGAGGAUAUCAAUGGCAGCCCCAGGAGCCAGUCGCAAAUGAUCGAGAAUGUGGACGCCUGCCUCAGUUUCCUGGACGCCAGAGGAGUGAAUGUACAAGGGCUCUCAGCAGAAGAGAUCAGGAAUGGCAACCUAAAGAGCAUCCUGGGUCUCUUCUUCAUCCUGUCGCGCUACAAGCAGCAGCAGCAGCAGCAGCAGCAGUACUACCAGUCGCUGGUGGAGCUCAGCCAGCAGACCAGCAGCACCGCACCGUCCGCCGGCAGCCACAAGACACAAGAGAUGCAGUCCAGUCUCACAGCACGAUAUGCAAGUCCGCCGGGCCACAGUGGAAUAGGGUCGCCACAGAAGAAAAACACAAGGUUACCAGGGCCCUCCAGAGUACCUGCUGCAGGCAGCGGGGCCUCCAGGAGCCCAGGCUCAUCCAACCUCAACCGUCGGAGCCAGAGCUUCAACAGCAUCGACAAGAGCAAGCCUCUUCAGUAUGCCAGCGGCAACGAUAGAGAGGCGGUGAGGGGCAUCCCGGUACCCAGCGGGAUGAAUGGGAGUGGCAUCGUCGGGAUGGUUCCCACCAGCCUCAGUGGGCAGCAGCUGGCCUCUGCCAUCCCUUCACCCACAGCUGGCAAGUCGUGGCGCAGCAAGUCCAUGAACCUCAAGCACAGCGCAACUUCAUCCAUGCUGGCAAGCCCUACACACACACCUUCCACCACCCCAUCACCUCAGGCCCCGGAAGGCCUUCUGCCACAUGGAGGCGAUGGGUCAAAAGUAGGCUCAGGUGUUGCACCUCCUCAGAGGUCAAUGUUAGAGAAGUUCCGCCUCAUUAACCCCAGAUCCGCUUCAAGAGCAUCUCCAUCUAUGGCGGAAAUGGCUCUGCAGGAAGAAGAUGACCUGUCGGAGUAUGGUGAAGAUGGAUUGACGCCCACGGGGUCAGUGUGCAGCAGUGGCAGUAGCAGUGCUACAGCCAAACAGAUGCCAACAAAGACCCCUGCAUCAUCCCUCACUGCACCGAGCAAAACGUCCUCAUCCUCCUCUUCAUUCUCAAAAGCUUCUGCAAAUGGCAGCAGGUCCAUGGCCCAGAGCAAAGACAAGGAGGACAAAAACAGGUCUGGGAAAUCUGGGAAGGACAACUCUCCGCCUAAAGAGGAGCGUGAGUCAUUUGCCGACUCCAGCAAGAAGUCGUCCAAAAUCGCCAGCCUCAUCCCCAAAGGAGGGAAGUCAUCAUCGGGAAAGAAAGAUGGUGGUGCCUCCUCGGCUUCCACUGGCAUCCCAAAGCCAGGACUUAAAGCUCCCUCCACAACAACGGCAAAGCCUCAGGGUCAGUCCCAGACCCAAAACCAGGCCGCCUUAAACAGCAGCGGCAACAUGCGGGCAGGAGAGGGGGAGAGAGCCAAGAUGACUAAAGGAGGACAAGGUGGGAGUUUUUACAUACAGCGCUCCACUGGUGGCCCAGAGGGCAAACGGACCAGCAUGACCUCGUCCACCAGCACCUCAGCUCUGUCCGGGUCCAGCGGGAUGCUCGGAGGAGGAGGAGGAGGUGGAGGUGGAGGUGGAGGCGCACUCGGAGGAAAUGGAGUAGUUCAGCUUCCUCAGCAGCAGCAGCACAACCACCCCAAUACUGCCACGGUGGCCCCCUUCAUGUACAGGACAUUCUCAGAAAAUGACUGCACCAUGGUGGCCCCAGCCGACCCCUGCCUCAGCCCCACCAAGGGAGAGCUCGUCUACAGCAAGACAGCCAAACAGUGCCUGGAGGAGAUAUCAGGAGAGGACCCUGAGACAAGACGUAUGAGGACAGUGAAGAACAUCGCUGACCUGCGGCAGAACCUGGAAGAAACCAUGUCCAGUCUACGGGGGACACAGAUCAGUCACAGUACGCUAGAAACAACCUUCGACACCACGGUAACCACUGAGGUCAAUGGACGCAGCAUGCCAGCCCUCGCAUCACGCUCCUCACCCAUGGCCUGGCGUCUGGGCCAAUCACAAACCCCACGUCUCCAGGCAGGCGACGCCCCCUCAAUGCCCAGCGGCUACGCUGCGCCCAGGGCGAGCACAACGGGCGCUGGCACCACUACAGGGCGCUACAGUGGGCACGCCGACCCCUCCAGGUUUGUGUACAGCGCCCCCCUGAGGCGAGCAGCAGCGGCAGGGGCUAAGGGGGCGGAGCAGGGUGAGAAGGGAGAAGGAGGGCUGCAAGGAGGGAAGCAGAUGGAGGUGGCAGGGUACUUGAGUGAUGGGGACAUCCUAGGGAAGAACAGCCGGAUGGAUGUGAUCACCAGCGGAUACCUAACAGACGGUGGUCUCCAUCUGUAUGCAAGGAACACAGGCCGAUCCUCAGACGUGGCCUCUUCUCGGGAAACAUCCCAGAGAGGAAGCAAGGAGAUGCAGGGUGACAUAGACAGUUGGGACGACAGCAGCUCGGUGAGCAGCGGCCUCAGCGACACAUUGGACAACAUCAGUACUGAUGAUCUGAACACACCCGCGUACUCCGCCGUCAGCUCGUCACGCAAAAGCAAGGGAGCACAGUCCCAGAAAGGAAGCCGGUCCAAGCAUGCCGAGCAGGAGGUGAGCAGCAGCUGGGCCGGAGCCGAGGACCUGAAGAAGGUGGAGGAGGAGCUGGACGCAAGCAUGGAUCCCAGCAGUGGCUCCUCCCGCUGGAAGACUUCCUCAUCUUCCUCUUCCUCCCAAACCCAGGGCCAGUACGAGGACGCCGGUCAGAAGGCGGCUGCGCUGGCCCAGAUGUCCCAAACAGGUUCAUGGAGGAGGGGCAUGACAGCGCAAGUGGGCAUCACACCACCCAGGACCAAGGGUACGUCUGCCGCCCACAAAACACCAGGCAAAACUGAUGAUGCUAAGGCCUCAGAGAAGGGCAAGGUGCCUUCCAAGAGUUCAGCUAGCAUCCAGCGCUCACCCUCGGAUGCCGGGAGAAGUAGCGGAGAUGAAGGCAAGAAGCCCCCUUCUGGCAUUGGGCGCCCCCCCACCACAGGCUCCUUUGGUUACAAGAAGAUCCCAGGUCCCACUGGCACACUAAUCACCUCUAGUGGUGCAACACUCGCCAGCGGCUCAGCCACCCUUGGAAAAGCGCCCAAAUCCUCAGCUGCCCUCGGCAAAGGCACAGGCAUCAGCGGUGUGCGCAAGACCAGCUUGGAUGGCUCACAGCCGCAGGAUGAUGGCAUUCUGCUCAGCUGCAGUGGCUCCAAAGUGACCCUGCAGUACCGCUCUCUACCCAGACCAGCCAAAUCCUCCAGUGGGGUGGCAGCGGGGCGCAGCGGGCACCGCUCCAGCUCCAGCAGCAUCGACUCAAACGUCAGCGGCAAGUCGGCUGGUGGGGCAACAACACAAGCAGGUGCCAAACGCAGGGAUGGAAAAGUGGGCUCAGACCGCUCAAGUCCCAUCACCAUCAACCAGACAGAUAAAGAGAAAGUGGGAGUGUCAGAUCAAGACCCAGCAGCAGGACUAUCCACCUCCCCCAAGUCCAGCCCCACGUCCACUUCCACAGGCCAGUCAGGCCUCAGGCAGCCAGGCUCCAAGUACCCCGAUAUUGCUUCUCCUACCUUCCGCAGAUUGUUUGGCACCAAAGCCAGCAGCAAGGCCAGCUCUCCGGGCACGCCCGACUCUGGCAAGUGCCCCUCAAUACUGGGCAGCCCCCACGGCACGCUGGCAAGGCAAGCCAGUCUGGACUCGCCCUCCUCUGGCACGGGGAGCCUGGGUAGCGCUGGCGGCCUGAGCGGUGGCAGCAGCCCACUGUACGGUAAAACCCCAGAUCUGUGCACUGACUCCCCAGCCUCCAGCCCGGCCUCUGGCCUCUCCCUGCCCUCCAACGCUCGGCCCUGGCCUGCCUGUAGCUCAUCAGCUGGCAGCAAGGACACACUGAGCUGCCAAAGCAUGACCAGUCUGCACACCAGCUCUGAGUCCAUUGAUAUGCCGCUGGGCCACCAUGGGCCCAAGGUUACACGAACCGGCAGUGUCAAGUCCACCCUGUCUGAGGGCAUGCCUCUUGACAGAAACACGCUUCCCAAAAAGGGACUGAGGUACCCUCCGUCCUCCCGGCAGACAUCUCAUGAGGAAGGGAAGGAGUGGUUGAGGUCUCAUUCAACGGGAGGCCUUCAGGACACUGGCAGCCAGUCUCCACUGUCUCCCCCAGGUGCUUCCUGCACUACCACUGGAAAAUACCACUACUCCAACCUAUUGAGCCCCACCAACAUCAGCCAGUACAACCUGCCACCAGGCAGCAGCAGCAUGAGCCGCUCCAACAGCAUCCCUGCCCAGGACUCCUUUGACCUGUAUGGAGAAGGUCACCCACUGGGUGGCAGUGCAACCUCCCUGGAGGACAGACCGAGAGCCAUCAGCCGCUCUGGCUCCUUCAGAGACAGCACUGACGAAGUCCACGGCUCGUCGUUGUCUCUGGUCUCCAGCACAUCGUCAUUGUACUCUGCGACGGAGGAAAAAGCACACUCAGAGGGCCAAACAGUCCAAAAUUCCACGCAAAUCAGAAAGUUACGUCGGGAGCUGGACGCCUCUCAGGAGAAGGUGGCGACCCUGACGUCUCAGCUGGCUGCCAACGCUCACCUGGUGGCAGCCUUCGAAAAGAGCCUGAGUAACAUGACCUGUCGCCUGCAGAGCCUCACCAUGACCGCUGAACAAAAGGAAUCUGAGUUGGCUGAGUUGAGGGAAACGAUUGAGAUGCUGAAGACUCAGAACACAGAUGCCCAAACGGCUAUCCAGGUGGCACUAAAUGGCCCGGACCACCUCCACAAAGACCUGCGGAUUAGACGGCAGCACUCGUCAGAAAGUAUGUCCAGUAUUAACAGCGCAGCCAGUCACUCCAGCAUGGGCAGCUUGGGCAAGGACGCUGAAGACAAAAAGAAGAAGAAGAAGAGCUGGGUGGCUGAUUCCAUCCCAGCUCAGCUCCGCAGCUCCUUCAAGCAGGCGUUCAGCAAGAAGAAAACCAAAUCCCAGUCGGCUCAUGAUGAGAUGGAGGAGAUGACUGACUCUCUGCCAUCCUCGCCCAAACUGCAGCAUGACAACAGACAAGGCAGCAUUGCCACGCUGCGCUCUUCCCCCUCCACCACAGACAAGUGCAUUUGCGAUAGCAAGUCCUCUCCCAUUUGGACGCCAAAGAAAAAGCAAAACGGUCAUGUGGUCUACAAGCACAGAUCUCGGCUGUGCGAAUGCACGGAGGCCGAGGCUGAAAUCAUCCUCCAGCUGAAAAACGAGCUAAGGGAGAAAGAGCUCAAGUUGACAGACAUCCGCCUGGAGGCGCUUAGCUCUGCCCACCACCUGGACCAGAUCCGAGAGGCCAUGAACCGCAUGCAGAAUGAGAUUGAGAUACUGAAAGCGGAGAACGAUCGCCUCAAGUCCAGCGGUAACGCCACGCCGACAGCAACGCCGGUCAAGACAGCCCGGCCGCCCUCCGAGACCUCCAGCACCUCCUCGUCCUCCUCACGUCAGUCCUUGGGGUUAUCCCUCAACAACCUCAACAUCACAGACACCAUCAUGUCAGACAUUCUGCUGGACGACAGCUAUGAGGGCAAUCUACGCAAGGAAGGCCGCAGCGUGCGAAUAGUGGUUACCAUCAGCAGUGGGCCAAAUACCACCAAGGGUACGCACAGCCAGGAGUACCUGAUUGGGUCGAUAGGUGUGAGCGGGAAAACCAAGUGGGACGUGCUGGAUGGAGUCAUUCGACGCCUCUUCAAAGAGUACGUGUUUCGGGUAGAUCCUCUGACCAGCCUGGGUCUCAGCUCAGACAGCAUUGUCUGCUACAGGAUGGGCGAGGUGAUCCGCUCCCACGCCUCCGAAGUGCCUGAGCUGCUGCCCUGCGGCUACCUGGUGGGCGACAACAACGUCAUCAAGGUCAACCUGAAAGGUGUGAAGGAGAACAGCAUAGACAGCCUCGUGUUUGAUACGCUCAUCCCGAAGCCCAUCAUCCAGAGGUAUCUCAACCUGUUGAUGGAGCACCGUCGGAUCAUCCUCUCAGGACCCAGCGGCACCGGUAAAUCCUUCCUGGCUGCCAAGCUGGCCGAGUACAUCAUUUCCCAGAUGGGGCAGGAGGUGACUGAGCACAACGUGGCCAGCUUCAACGUGGACCAGAAUUCCAGCAAGGACCUGCGUCAGUACCUGUCCAACCUGGCAGAGCAGUGCAACUCUGAGGAGACGGACACAGAGCUCCCCACUGUGGUCAUCCUGGACAACCUCCACCACAUCGGCUCCCUCAGUGACAUAUUCAACGGCUUCCUCAACUGCAAGUACCACAAAUGCCCGUAUGUUAUUGGAACCAUGAACCAGGGAGUCUCCUCCUCUCCCAACCUUGAGCUGCACCACAACUUCAGGUGGGUGCUGUGCACCAACCACACCGAGCCGGUCAAAGGUUUCCUGGGCCGAUUCCUGCGGCGGAAGCUGAUAGAGACAGAGAUCGAUAAGAACAUGCGCAGCAAUGACCUGAUUAAGAUCAUUGACUGGAUGCCCAAGACCUGGCAUCACCUCAACAGCUUCCUGGAGGCACACAGCUCCUCAGAUGUCACUAUAGGCCCUCGUCUCUUCCUGUCCUGUCCCAUGGAUGUAGAAGGUUCUCGGGUUUGGUUCACUGACCUGUGGAACUACUCCCUGGUGCCCUACCUGCUGGAGGCUGUCAGGGAAGGACUUCAGCUGUAUGGCAAAAGAGCCGCGUGGGAGGAUCCGUCCAAGUGGGUGAACGACACGUAUCCGUGGAACGCCGCCUUGCUGCAGCAGGAGGGCCAGGCGCUGCUCCAGCUGAGGCCGGAGGACGUGGGAUACGACGGCUACAGCUCGUCCAAGGAGGGGGCCUCGUCCAAGCAAGUGUCUCAGAGUGACACAGAGGGAGACCCGCUGAUGAACAUGCUGCUACGGCUGCAGGAGGCAGCUAACUACUCCAGCACGCAGAGCUGCGACAGCGACAGCACGAGUCACCAUGACGACCAGCUGGACUCCUCGCUGGAGUCGGCGCUAUGAGAGCAAGAGCCGCGCUGGCAAACACCCAGAACCCCCAGAACCCCCAGAACCUGGGAACCUUCGAACCCCCGUCGCUAGCAGACACCCCUAUAGUCCACAGAUGUAUGCUAUAUGAAAAGUUCUAUUAUCCAAAUGGUAUACCCACCGUUUGAGAGAAAAGUCCUAUUUUUACUUAAUGAUGGUGCAAUAUUAAACCAAAUUAUUUUAUGUAUAAAGUCGCCAACGUGGCCCUCAGUGGUCACAAUGACAAACAAUGACACAUGUUGGAUUCCUCCACUGAGAUCAAAUCGUGUUCCUUUUUACUGGGUGUAUAACAUUUUAAGGAUACAACUUUUCAUAUACGUAGGCGGGGCGUGUCUGAUAAAGGACUUUAAGUUCCUCUGAAGUUGACUUCCAAGGAGUGAAUCACGUUUUGUGCUCAGCCGCGAUGAGCCACAGUUCACGCCAUUAAUGUAACGUUGGAUCUCGAAAGGAAGCCUAGAGUCUGACGUG